GUGUAGAGGCGCUUAAACCAGAAGAGAAGAGAGGAGGAGAGGAGUGGAGAGGAGGAAAGGAGAGGAAAGACAGAGCCGUGGUUCGCUGAGGAAAUGAAGCGGCGGCUGCAGAAGAAGUAUAUCCUCCUGAUCCUCGGCUAUUCCGUGGUCUUGCUCCUCAUCCCAUACGUGUUGGACUACCACAGCAAGUCGGCUCAGGUGCGACAUGGAGCUCAGGAGCCUCGGCAGCAGCCGCAGCAGCGUUGUCCGGAUCUGGAGACUAGCAUGGCGCUGUGGAACUCCAGCGAACCCGCGGAGGAAAGCGGACCGAACCACCGGAACCACACCAAGAAAACGCACAUCUAUCUCCACGCGACAUGGAGGACAGGCUCGUCAUUCCUGGGGGAGCUGUUUAACCAGCACCCGGAUGUCUUCUACCUGUACGAGCCGAUGUGGAACAUGUGGCAGGCGCUGUACCCGGGGGACGCGGGGAGUCUGCAGGGCGCAGUGCGGGACAUGAUGAACUCGCUGUUCCGGUGCGACUUCUCCGUGCUGAAGUUGUACGCGGGCACGGCCAACAUCAGCACCUCGUUCAUCUUCGGCUGGAAGACCAACAAGGUGAUCUGCUCGCAGCCUCUGUGCGCGGCGUACAAAAAGCCCCAGGUGGGACUCGUCCAAGGAGACGUGUGCGCCAAGUGCACGCCCAGAGACAUCCGAGAACUGGAGAGGGAGUGCAAGAAAUAUCCCGUGGUGGUUAUUAAGGAUGUCAGAGUAUUAGACCUGGGAGUGCUGGUGCCCCUGGUACGAGACCCUACGCUCAACUUACAGAUCAUUCAGCUGUUCAGGGAUCCCCGAGCCGUGCACAACUCCAGGCUGAAGUCCAAGCUGGCACUGGUGCGAGAAAGCAUCCAGGUUCUCCGGAGCAAGAAGCAGAGCGACAAGUACAAGCGUCUGCUCUCACCUGGGAACCGGGUGAACCGCGCUGAGAGCUAUGUCGCCGGUGCCAUGGAGCUCAUCUGCGACCACUGGCUCAGGGACAUGCUCCUGGUGAGCAGUGCACCUCCGUGGCUCAAGCGCAACUACCUGCAGAUCCGCUACGAAGACCUGGUGCUGCAGCCCGUCAGUGAGCUGCACCGACUCUACCGCUUCUCCAACCUGAGCAUGUCUCCAGAGCUGGAGCAGUUUGUGAUGAACAUGACACGAGGGCAGGGAUACUCCUCAGACCGGCCCUUCCUCAUCUCAGCGAGGGACGCCAAGGAAGCCAUCUUUGCCUGGAGAGAGAGGCUGAGCGUGGAGCAGGUGGGGCAGGUGGAGGCUUACUGCAGCGAGGUGAUGCGCCACCUGGGCUAUGGGAAGAGGAACCUGGAGCAGAGCUACAAAUCCUAAAGAGAAGAAUGAGGAAAGCGAGACAAGAGACCAGGCCGAAGUGAAGCUACAGUGAUAGGCAGGAACGCCGUCCCUCAGCACUCUGUGGAAGAUUGACACUAGGAACAGUUCCAGUCUGAGAGCAGACGGUCCACAGCGGCGCCGGAGUCCGAGUCCAGGUCGGACACCCAGCGUGGAGAUGGGCGCUGAAUAAAAUUACAAAGACAGGACACUGAUGUAAACACGGAGGAGUUUAAACACUAAUCAUAACGAGUGAAGCGGAGACUCCUGGGAAAUGACCGUGUGUGUGUUGGCUCUCGGCCAAGGUUGAUCAGCGCUAAUCCUCCUGUUCCCUUCAUCAGCUACAGGACAUGGAGCCCAGAGCUCUGGGGUUUAUCCUGUGUGUGUGUGUGAUGAUAACUGAAGUGCCAUUUCACUGUCACACUUUAUCUUUCACAAACACAAGGCACCAAAUAAUCAGUUAACACAACAUUCUUUCAGAAAUGUCCCAAAUAGAGAUAUUUAUAAACACUUAAUAACGCAGCAUAAGCAUUUCAUUAAAGUCUUACUGACGAGUGCGUCCCAGAGCGCCUCUUAGCACAUGUUACAUGUUGGUCAAACAUCUGAAUGUUUGGUAACACUAUACUUCUGGGCAGUGUUCAUACGGUUACAUAAAAGCUUCAUAAGGGGUCAUAGGUCUCAUGGCUUUUCCUGCUAUAAGUUACAUUCAUACACUUACAUAGACAUUUAGGUGGCUUAAAGAAAUUCAGAUCAUCUGUCCUGAAAAUGAUUCUGGACAAAAUAGACAUAACUCUGUUAGAACAGUAUUAUAACUGUCAUAAGUAUUCGUAAACAUGUUAUAAGUAGAAACAUUACAGUGUGACACAGUACAUAGCUCUGUCAUAGCAUGGUCGUAGGCAUUCAUGAAAUUUUACUGUAAGCAAAAAUAAAACUCUGCUUAAAGGCUAAAGGGAAUGUGCAUAACUGUUAUGGCAGUAUCAUAUCCUGGUCAUAGGUAUUCAUAAAGAGGUUAUCUAGCAGAAGCAGAAAUCUAAAAAAUUAACUCAAGUGCUAAAAACACUAAACUGAAGCAGCUUUGUCAUGACCUGGUUCUGCGUUUUCAUCAAAUCCAUUCAAGCAGAGAUAUGAAACUCAGUCAGAGAAAUAACACUGUUGUAGGCGUUCAUAAACUCUUAAAAAGCAAUACAAGUAUAAAAAUAUUUACUUAAAGGCCAAAGAACAAAAAUACACAGGACUGUUAAAAAGGCUUAUAAGCAAAAAGUGUGCACUAGCCCUGUCCUAACGGUGUCAUAAAAUAAUUUUACUUAAAAUGUUUAGAGAGCUCUAUGACGUGAUCCCGUAUAGGCAGUCAUUAUUAAAAUGUUAUAAAGCAAAUUCUGAAAUUUAUUCUAAGAAAUUGAGAAAAUACAGAGCUGUGUUAUUCCAGUCUAACGACUUGUUAUAGGUGUUCAUAGCAUGAUCCUUGCUUUACUUAAAAGCAUACAUAACUUAUCAUGAUGCUUUAGUGACUACGACCAGCUCAAGUCACCCUCACACACAAGGCAUGCCUUUAUAAAUGUCCAUGAAGGUUCUAUGAAGCUUUAUAAACACUGCUCUGUAAAGAAGUGAUAUGUUACCCAACGUUUAUGAACCGAACAAUUUAACAGGAUGACAGUAUUAGAAACGAUCGUUAUCUCGUAUCAUGAACUACGUGGAGGGGAAGAACUCUGUAAAGAAAACGGAUAUUUAUGAAAACAUUUUGUAAAUAAAGAGAUUUUUGUUUUUUUGUAAA